AUGCAAUUUCUCCAAACAUCCUCAAACACUGUAGCCAUGAAUUGUUUUUCGUCUGAAAACACUGAUAAGCGCCGCUUCCCUUUGCGCGCAGUCGAGCGCUUUUGCGUCUCUGAGCCCAACGUCUCGGUUAAAUGUUGUCACGCUAUUUCCAUCAGUGGCGAUAUGAAUCAGUUGCUGCAAUUUCUUCCGACGGCAGUCAUGCGUACAUUUAAUCGUCACCCGCGACUACGCGCGCUGAUCGUUGACGACCAGAAAUUUAUUGCUGAAGUACAACCUCAAAUUACACUGCGCGAUGUUGAAACCAAGAAGUUAUUUCGCGUUCGUGAGAUAUCCGACUCAAAUGUUGACAUUGCUGACUGGAAGAACUGGAACCAUUUCGUACAAUCGGAAACUGCCAUUCCAUUUGACCGAUUUACCAACUUCAUGUUUUAUCUCACUGUGUGGGUGAACUGGAAGGAAAGCAAAGCUCGUUUCUUCCUUUUCUCGGAUCACAUCAUGUCAGACGGUGAUUCAGGCCAAGUUUUUGUUAACGAUUGUCUUGAAGAUGUAGCAUUAUUGUCGAUUGAGGCAAUUAAGCCUGUAGUCGAGCUUCCAUUACGUCCGUCACUCUACGAAAUGUGGAUGAUGGGGGGUCCGUGGUGGCUGAAACCUUUGGCUAAGACCAUGUUGACGCUUGUGGGCGGCUCGUCUUUUGUAAACUUCAUGAAAGGUUUCAAGCCCCUAUUGACCCCACGUGAUGAUCAAAAUGACUUUUGUCUUCCUUUUAAGGAGAAUACCACGGUACUUUUGAGCCAAGCUGGAACCCCCACCAAUAUGCGUGAUACAUUGCGUAAGUGCAAGGAAGAAAAUGUUACGAUGGGUGGUGCACUGAUCCCGGCGAUUGUGCUCGCUUACUACCACGCUAGCAAAGUUGACUGUGAACUCAAUGGAGUAGAAAAAACGGAUAGUAUUUUUCGGCUUGUUGCUGAUGUAUGCUAUAAUAUGCGACAGAGAAUAUCGCAGCCCGUGUCAGAAAGGCAAGUUGGAUUAUACGUGACCAAUUCUCCUCUGCAAUGGCUCAUCACAGAAGGUGUGAAUUUAAAAACGGUGAAGUUCUGGGAUUUGGCUCGUACUUCCAAAGCGGAAAUGACGAAUCAAUGUACUAAAUUGCUUGAGAUGUCAAUGCCGUGCUUUCUUUUGGAUCGGAAGCUUAUCAAACCCAAAGUUGGAAAACUUUUGGGUGACUUUAAAAUCCCUAGCUCUUGUACUGGAGACGCGACUAUCUCAAACCUUGGAGGGUACCUUUACAAGCACAAGCAUAUUUUAGCUUGCAAUGGUGUACUCGAAGUGGAAGACAUGUUUGCCUUUUGUGCAAUUCCAUAUGUGGCUACCUCGACAACAAUUUGGCUCACGUCUGUGAAUGCUUUUAACUACUCGUUGGCUCAUAAAGUUGAUAAACGAGUUGGUAAUGCAUUGUUUCAUGCCUAUGUCAACAUUUGUGAGGCUCUUAGUAACAUUGAAAAGGAUGCUACGAUGGAGGACGUGCUUAAGCUUUUCGGUCUUAAUCUCUAG